AUGGUUGACGAGGUAGCUACUGCUGAAAGAACUAAAUCCAAAAUAGUCAGCAAACCUCUGUUGAAAUUAAAGUUGCUAGACGUACUGAGAAAAGGUAGUUACGAAGAGUUACUGCAACUGGUGAAGACUCAAUUCGUUCCUGUCGAUGAUGCUAAUGUCAUUCAAGUAACUAGGUUGAUUCUACACUAUGCCAUUCAAGUAGCACCAUUCCCAUUGAUUAAGGAGAUUGUCACUAAAAAUAUUGAUCCGUCAUUGGACGUUGCACCUGCAGAUAAACUUCCAUUACGUAUUGAUAUAAACGAACAAGAUAAUAAUGGGAACACGCCAUUACACUUGGCCGCUUAUCAGUCAAGAACUGAUGUUGCAUCUCUGCUAAUGGAUCAACCAUCCGUUAAUGAUUGUAUUACAAACGAUAUCAAUUUGCAACCCUUCGAAUUGUGCAGAAAUAUCAACGUGGCACAAUUAAUGCAAUACAAGAGGUCCCAGUAUAUAGCUGAAAUUGCUACUGAGUUUAGAACCGCGUUUAAUAAUAGAGAUUUCCAACAUUUAGAAUCGAUUUUAAAUAAUCAGAGAAAUUUCCAGUUAUUAGAUAUUAAUGGGAUGGAUCCACAGACAGGUGAUACGGUCUUACACGAAUUUGUGAAGAAAAGGGAUGUCAUGAUGUGUAGAUGGUUGCUCGAACAUGGAGCCGAUCCUUUUAAGAGAGACUCUAAGGGUAGAUUGCCGGUCGAUUUAGUGAAAAAUACAGCUGGUAAUUCUGCGGUUGCCACGUCAACUACAGAUCCGACUUUAGAUGUAUCUGUUGCUACUGGAAUUAAUGGAGCUGCUGAUGUAUCUAAUGCAACAACACAACUAGCAAUUGAUAUGGAAUUAAAAAAAAUGCUGGAUAAAUCUGCAACAGAGCAAUCGGUUAUCAAUAUUGAUAACUCAAACCACAAGCCCGAGAAAUUAGUUAACAAUAGAUUAACUGCUGCACCAACUUACAAAGGUUACUUAAAGAAGUGGACUAAUUUUGCUCAAGGCUACAAGUUGCGUUAUUUCAUUCUAAGUGGUGACGGUAAAUUGUCGUACUAUAUUGAUCAAGAUGAUACGCAAAAUGUGUGUCGUGGUUCAUUGUACGUCUCUAACUGUUACAUCCAUCUAGAUUCAUCAGAGAAAUUGAAGUUUGAAAUAAUAGGUGGUGGUACAAAUGAGACGAUUAGAUGGCAUUUGAAAGGUAAUCAUCCGAUUGAGACAAAUAGAUGGGUUUGGGCUAUCCAGGGUGCAAUCAGAUAUGCAAAGGAUAGACAUAAGGGUUUGGUACCACCUCCAGCGGUACCGAAGUUCAAUCAACAAUCUGAGGAUACAAUGAAUUUACCAAUGAAGCUUUCAGUUAACGACCACAUUAACAUCACAGCAGAUGAUAUGAAUGAUUUGGCAUCAAUUAAGACGGGAAGAACUGAUAUUUCAAUUAAUACUACCAAAUAUGACAGGGAGUCUCAUAUGGCAUCAACACUGACUGCUCCAGCAGGAGAAGAUUUGAAUAAUCCACCGUCAUUAGAAGCAGAGCUCACAAAAAAGAAAUUUGAGGAUGAAAUUGAGAUUGAUGAGGAUGAAGAAGAAGAAGAUGAAGACGAAAACAAUAGGAUGUAUGAUAUUGCCACUAACAAUGGUGUUGAUGUCCAAUUAACCUAUGGUCCAUACUCUCAAAAAUUACAUUUCCUGAAGAGAUCUAUUGCCAUCGAACUUUCUUCAUUGGGAGAACUGCUAGGUGAUCCGUCACUAAGGGAGAAUCACGACUCUAAGGUGAUAGUUGGCGAAAUUAUCGAGACCGUUAACAAAUCGAUUAACACCAUGAAUGCCAAUUUCGAGCAAUUAAAUGACUUCACUGAAAAGAGGGAUAAGAGAUUAAUUAAUAUGUUAAGGAAACAGUACGAUGUCAAUAAUGUAUGGAUGCAAUCGAUGAAAGAAUUGGAAUUAGAGUUGAUAGAGAAGGACACGAGAUUGCACGGGCUAGAAGAUGAAAGAAAACAACUACGUAAAGUUUUGGAACAGGCUACCACCAAUGGAGGAAUUCAAGUUGACACUGUAAAUCAUGACAAUGAUAAUAAUACCCAGAAUUCGAUAAAUAAGGAUGAUAGCGCCAUGCAACAACUAGUCGAAUUAAUCAACCACAGAGAUGAUGAUGAUGGAAUUGUGGAUGAUUCGGAUGUAGACGAAUUCUUUGAUGCAGAAGAGAUGGAUUCAGCAAACGAAGAAGAAGCUGAAGCUGAGAAUUCAGGCACCGAUUCCAAGAAACAGGUCGAAGAAGUUGUAGCAGGUAAUCAAAGCGAUACAACCAGUGAGAUCGUUGACUAUGACAGGGCUUUACCUGUGAUUACUACUGCACAAACUGAAAAGCAAGACGGCAUAGACGGUGAUAAAUCGUUCAAUGGUUAUGAAAAUGGACCAAGAACAUGUAUCAAACUGGAUGCUGACAACAGACCAUCUGUUAGUCUAUGGGGUGUUCUAAAAUCUAUGGUGGGUAAGGAUCUGACAAAAAUUGCAUUACCUGUGUCUUUUAAUGAACCAUCAUCAAUGUUACAGAGAGUUUCUGAGGAUUAUGAGUAUGGUUAUUUAUUGACUCACGCAUCGACAAUUGCAGACUCGGCAUUAAGAAUGCUGUAUGUAGCUGUAUUCACCGCAGCACCGUACGCCUCCACAAUUAAUCGUGUUGCUAAACCAUUCAAUCCAUUAUUGGGUGAAACGUUCGAGUUCACAGACAAGACUCAAGAGUUUCGUUUUGUUACCGAGCAAGUAUCGCAUCAUCCACCUAUUUGUGCUACAAUGGGGGAAUCGCCCCGUUGGGAUUUCUACGGUGAAUCACACGUUGAUUCUAAAUUUAAUGGUCGUUCAUUCAAUAUUAAACAUUUAGGUAAAUGGUUUGUCCACAUGAGACCAGAUGACAAGGAUUCCCCUGAAGAGGAGGUGUACAGUUUCAUGAAACCUGAUAACUCUGUCAUUGGUAUCCUUGUAGGCAAACCAGAAGUUGAUAACGUCGGUUCUACAAGAAUCGACAACCAUACCACAGGGGAUUACUGUAUGUUGUAUUAUAAAGCUCGUGGAUGGACAAUGGCAGGUGCGUAUGAAGUUCGUGGUGAGAUAUUUGAUAAGGAUGGUAAAAAGCGCUGGGUACUUGGAGGUCACUGGAACGAUGCAAUCUACGCAAAGAAAUGUGUGUCCUCCGAUGAUAAUGAUACUUCAUCUGCUGAAUUCCCCGUGGAGACGACUAUCACAGGAACAAAUGGAACAAAUGGACCAAAUGAACCUCGUUAUGAUGGUUCAAAAUUCCUUGUUUGGAAGGCCAACAAAAGACAAACUGGAGUUCCAUUCAAUUUAACUCGUUAUGCGAUCCAACUAAAUGACGACAAUGAACAACUAUUACAAUGGGCAGCACCUACUGAUUCUCGUCGUAGACCAGAUCAACGUGCCAUGGAAGAAGGUCGUUAUGAUGAUGCAGCAGAUGAAAAAUACAGAUUAGAGGAGAAACAGAGAGCUAUUAGAAAACUAAGAGAACAAGAAGAAAGUGAAGUACCAUCAUGGACGCCCAAGUGGUUUACCAGGGAUGUUCAUCCAACUACUGGGGACUCCUACUGGCAUUUCACAGGUGAUUACUGGAAGAACAGAGAAACUCACAACUGGGAGAUCUGUGAUGAUAUCUACUAA